AAAACAAAACUUCUAUAUAUUGGCUAAUAAUUAUCCUCUCAUGUACUUAUGAAAUCCUCCAACAGUUCUGCAAAACAGCUUACCGAUUUUAAAUACAUUUUAAUGCGAUUCAUGAUUAAUUUGAAACCGCAUACUAGCAAUACUGCUAUAAUUUUUAUAAUAACGAAUAAUAAGACUAAAUCUGACACCUAGUGGUAGACAACUGAAACAUCAGCACUGUUUAAUAAGUUAUCAUUUUCAUAUGUAGGAUCUAAAUGACAAAUGUUGCCAUAAAUCAAAUCUAUAUUUAAAAUAGAUAGCCCUUGCUCUCCCAAACUUUAUAUUGGCAGUAAAUAGGAGUUGUUUUUCGACAGUCCAAGAUAAGUUCAAUAAAGCAAUCCAAGUGACACAGACGGCUUCGAGGGGUGAAUAAAGGCCUCCUGAUUUUGUAAGGAAAAUAUACAUCAUUAAAACUUUAAUAAACUAAACUUCCUCUGCCUGUCAUAUGCAAGUUCACAACAGAAUAGCAUUCUGCCAGAGGAUGUCAGCUUAGUGUGAGAUUAGUGUAGACUGAGUUUAAAAAUAUAUAUAUUUUUAACAUUAUAGCCUAUGAUUGCAGCAUAAGAUAUGGAGACAGAUGAACAAACAAAAAAAAUACAUAUAUAAAUGCAGUCAAUCAAAUAACCGCAUACACAGGCUAUACACAAAAAGUCUCAGUCCUGUUGUUUUCAUUCACUCCUUCAAUAUUAAACCAAUGUGGGAAAAGUGAAUAAAAAAGUCUUAAAAGUAUAGUUUGUACCCCUUUAGUCUUCAUGCAUAAAGUUCUGUUCCACAAAGAGAACUUUGCGUUUUUUUUCUGAGGGCCGAUAUAACGUACAUAGCAAGCUGUGUUGUACUUAAAAAUAAUAACAUCUAUGUAACGUUCUAUAAAACCUGACGCGGCCAAAAACCACACUACUGGACGUGGCUGUCGGGUCUGUGUAACGAACCCAGCCCAAAACUAGCCCAGCCAGCCUAUCCAAACUGUAAAACUCAACACCUGCCACUCCCAAUCCUGAAAUACUCAUUUUACAGUCACUGUUGUGUGUUAAACGCAACUGAAAAUUGAAAAAAUUACUAGCGGUAAUCAAACAGUCACAAAUGAGCUUAAAGGCCCUUAAAAAGCAAGAAGUAGCACAUUUUUUAUCACCGGUGGAAUGUAAAAUAUUCAAAACACGCAGAUCGAGCUACAGUGAUACUUUAAACCGUGGAGAACAACGACAAAAAAAAGUUCCGCUUGUGGCAACAGUUUGCAAACACGGCAAUAAUGCUAUUGGAAAACAUUAGGCAAUGGCUUCAGUGGUUAACAGUGGAUGGUUUGUAAUGCUAUCUGUAGAAAACCAUUAGAAUUUCUGCAAUCUCUUAGAAUUGCAUUUCCCUGUAUACGGGCCCUUGGGGUCACACCGUUACGUACACAAGAUGAAGCUGAUUGGACAAACAAAAGUUGUUGCAUCUAUAAUGUUUGGAGUUAAAAUCAAGGCGAAGGCUGCGGUUCUGCGCAUCGCUUCACGCACGUUCAAACUCAAAGGACCGCAUUCUCAGGAUAAUAAUACAUCUGCACCACGGAUGCGGUAAAUUCACUUUUAUGUUCUUUAUUUUCAUACAACUUGCCGAAAGAUAUCAGGGUGCCGUUCGGUCAUUUACAGUUUACAAUAAUAACAAAUACUAAAAUAAAAUAAAGUGCAAAGAGCCUAUAGCACAACAUAGCGUUUUUAUAUUUAAAUAAAGUUUUAUGAUAUUAAAAAAAUAUAUAUAUAAAUAAAUAAAUAGACAACGAAGAGUGAAUAAGAGUGAUUUUUUUUUUUUUUAUCGAUUCUGUAUUUAUUGAUUCAGUUCGUGAGGAUGCAAGCUUCUAAACAUGAGAAUUCAUAAAACACUACGAUUUUUUUCCCCAGUGUCUGUUUUCCUGUCUUUUUGAAAAUAGGAAUUUGCAUGUCAAAUUUCAUGAAUCACAUUUUUUUUUUCCCACCCCCCCAGACCGUCCGCGGACCCGCCGCUAGAGGCGCUGUCGAGACGGAACACGCUCGAGAAGCGAAGACGGGGAAAAAAGGAAACUGCACAGCAUACAUAAAAGUCCUUUGAUUUGAGGUUCACUUUUAUAAAUCGCCGUGGUUUUUGGUGACAUAACCCCAAUCUUUGGAUGCAACCUUAAUUUUCUGAAAAUCCAGAUGUGGGUGUACUUUUCCACAACGUGUUCGUUUCUCUGUAAAACACCGUCGAAUGAAAACAUACCAAAAUUGCUCAAAAUGCUGUAGUUACAAUUUUAAGCAACAAACGGUAGAACAAGUAACUUGUGGGUCUAACAGAAGAGUUUUCUCCGCCCAAGCAGGUGAAAAAAGCAGUUUGGCCAUAAAUGUGAAAAAUAAACCCACCUUGCUCCGCAGGCAAGAAAAAAUUGCUAUUACAUAGAAGCCUGCGGUUGAGUUAUUUUGCUUAUCUAACCCAAAAAAAAAAAAAAAAAAAAAAAAGACGGGACAGCUGACGUGAUGCCAUCCACAUAAAGGCAUUGUGUGAAAUUAAUGCAUUUGCAAAUUGGGAACCUGCCCUUGCAUGAUGGCGGAUGAAUGUGUCCGUGGGGCAGACCGCAACAUUAAUAUACCUCACCAACAGUGAAGCAUCGGCCGCCAGCGGCGCGGACGUAUCAGGAAGAGGACAGACAAAUUCACCGAAAUCAAAUUUGGGGAGUUCUGUUUCCAGAAGAGAAAAAAAGUGCCCCGGAAAGACCCGCUCGUUUCGUCAUUUUGAGAUCCGAAGGGGAGGAUUUCUUCAUUCCCAGAAAAUUUCUCCGCAUGACCCGCAUCAUUUUGGGAGGUAACAAAGUGGAGCACCCGCGUCUUUCCUCAUUCACAAACGAUACAAUGUAACGGGCGCUUUGAUCGCAAUCAUCCGGAGCUCACGUUUGCGUGCGCGAUCGUGCUCUUGUUAGGCUGAAUUCAAGAAAAGCAGACGAGGAAGGAGAGGAAGUAGAAGCGAGCAGUUGACUCCUGUGAGCUCUGCACCACAAGUUUCCUUCACUCUUGCCGAGCAGACCUGGAGUCAUGAGCUGUCAGGAGGUGCCGAACCCCAGCCAGGAGCCGAAGGACACUGCUGUGGUCCCCACAGAGGCCGGGGCCACACAGGCAGUACCGACAACGUCCCCAAAGCUUCCCUCAGUGAAUGUAAAGACAGAGGUGUCAUCUCCCGUCGAGUCUGUGGCUAGUAAUGGCAAAGCGAGUGACGGAAACAUCCCCGCUGAGAUCUGUGUGGUUUUGGGAAGCUCUCGUAAUUCUCAAACACAAGGCUCUUACAUUUGUGGGGUAUGUGGCAAAAAGUACAAGUACUACAACUGCUUUCAGACGCACGUCCGAGCUCACACAGAGACUGAAGCUGCUGCUUCUGGAGAGGGAGCAUCUCUGGGAAUCAAUAGUUCUUUCCGCUAUACAUGUGAUGUAUGUGGGAAAAAAUACAAGUACUACAGCUGUUUUCAGGAGCAUCGAGACCUGCAUGCAGUUGAUGAUCCGUAUGAUCAUGUGAUACCAGUAGAAGACCUUAAAGAGGAGACCGAAUCCUACCAGAAAAUGGGACCAAAAACGGGAAGUUACACAUGCGAGUAUUGUGGAAAACAGUACAAAUACUUCAACCCCUAUCAGGAACAUGUGGCUCUUCACGCUCCAAUGAAGGGAAAUUAUGGCCUUAAAAUGGAAGGGAAAAUGUCUAGCCAGUCAGGCCAAUCCAGUCGUGCCGACAUCAACAAUUCCCAGAAUUCAAGUGAUACUCCAAACAGCCGAACAUAUUCUUCCCGUCCCAGCCCUCAGAAAACCUACACGUGUGGAGCCUGUGGAAUUCAGUUCCAGUUCUACAACAACCUCCUGGAGCACAUGCAGUCCCAUGCUGCUGAUAAUGAGAACCAUGUUAAAGAUGAGUCUCCGAAGCCUUGCCAAGCGCCUGUGGGCACACAGGAGCAGAUGUGGAAAUCUCCUCAGCCGGCACAACAGAGGAACCACAUACCGUCUUUUCAGAACAGAUUACUUCCAGAAAAGGAAAGACAACAAGUGGCUGAACGUUUACUGAGAGUAAUGUGUGUAGACCUUGGCCUUCUUGGCGUCCUCAGCAGCAAAGACUUCCUAAAGCUUGCUCAGACCUUGGUGGACACGGGUUCACGUAAUGGGGCCUAUUCCAUCCGUGAAGCCCUGGGAGAUAUGAGCUCGCUGGCAUUAAAACAGCUCCCCCGUAUGUACAAUCAGGUCAAAGUGAAAGUCACCUGCGCCCUGGGUUCCAACUCAUCGUUGGGCAUUGCAGUGACCUGCCAUUCCCAAACUAUAGGACCAGACUCGUGCUAUUUGCUGACAGCUUAUCAAGUGGAGGGUGUGCGACUCCGGCGCUACGUGCUGGGCCUCAAGGAGGCCUCGCUAAGGGAGAGUCCUGAGCAGAUACACCACUGGGUCCAGAACGUUCUGUCAGAAUUUGUAAUGUCGGAAAUCCGCACAGUCUACGUGACAGAGCCGCGUUUGUCUUCGGUAGCCUUUUGCGGUCGCACCGGAAUUGGCCUUCGUUGCGCAGGUUGCUCUCUAACAGCCACGGUUCAGGCCGUUCUCGGUCGCCGCAGCCUGCAAGCACGAGGGCUUCAUGAACUAGGAGAGCUUCUGGCUACAUGUCGCGACAUUGCUGCAACGACCAGCUUCAGUCAAGAAGGGAAAGCUGCAGAAGAGCCUGCCGCUCCUCCCUGCUGGGAUGCAGUUGCAGAGGCCUUGCUCAAGGUGCACGAGAACUUUGAGGCCACCUGUGAAGCGUACGGCCGCUCGAAGAGCACUGUGCCACUCUUGCAAGGCCUGAACAAGCACCUGCUUGGCACGCUUGCAUGUCUGCUUGCACCGCUAAGGCAGGCAGCUCAGGAGCUGAGUGUGGAGCGCUGUCCCACGCUCCAACACGUCCUUCCCGUCUACCUCCGUCUCGAAAAACUUUUCACCUCCAAAGCCGGUGAAGCGGGUGCUGGCAGUAAACUCUGCCACUACUUCUUGGAAGCCCUGAAGGAGAACUUCAAAGUGGAGCGUGUCCAUCAAGUUGCAAUGAUCUUGGAUCCGCAGCUUAAGCUGCGGCCAGUACCUGCAUACCAGCAUGAGGACAUUAUCUCAAGGGUGUGUGACAUGGCUGCUAAUAUGAGGGAAUCAGGAAGCGGUGGUUCUGGGGGCAUGUCUGUUGACGAGCGGGAUAACGAAGGGCCGUCAGCACCAAAGCGUGGCCGGCUGGACUGUGGGUUGGAGAGGCCAUCGUGCGAUGCUGAAGAGCCACAGGUACGAAAAGAGUUGUUCCAGUACCUCGGUGAACCACUCUUCAAUGGCACCGGUGACCUGUUGCAGUACUGGAGCUCGGUCAUGGACAGAUACCCCAGGCUGUCGCGGUUAGCUCUGUGGCUGCUAGCUGUACCGGCUGUAGCUGUGCAUGGAGAGUGCGUUAGCAUUUGCGAGCAGACCUUAGCCAUGAAGAGAAAGCAGCAGGUCACUGCAGAGGAGAUGAACAAGCUGGUCUUCCUCAAGAGUAAUUUUGCUUGAGACGGCUCAGGGCUUUCAGCUAAUGGCACCAUAGACUGUUUGAAAUGGAGACUUUUUGAACCAGAUGUACCGGUCACUUCUCUUUACCCCUUCCAAAAAUCCUGUUUUACCGCAAGUGUCUAUCAACGAGGCACAUGAUAGAAAUUUACCAAGGAAAGGUACAUUUACAACUAAUUCACAACAUCCCUUCAGACCAUACAGUAGCUUGGCAUUGGCAGUGGCAACAGAAGCAACUCAAUGAAAAUACAGUCUGCGUGAGGACACGGACGUGAACUUGUGUUUUCGAUGUUUCUGUUAAAAUAUCGCUUAAAGUUGUGAUGUGUUUUUAUCAGUAUGUGGCUCAUCCAUCUCUCUUUUCUUUCUGUGGAAUCCAUCUGAAAUUCAGUCAGUGGAUUAUUGAAAUCAUACACAACAUAAUUUCCAUCUAGCGAAGGAAAAAAACCGGGUACUUAGAAAAAGCCAUUUCUUUGCAAUUACGCCUUUAUGAAAACCACAAACACUCUUUGCUGUGACAUCCGAACGAUACCUCUCUUUAGCAGUUUCUCAGAGGGCAGAUCAAGCUUGUAAAGGUAUAAGUCUUGUCGUAGGCAGGCCCUGAUUCAGUAAUCUCAGUUAACCGGGUUUGAGUGUGUUAAGCUCUUGUUCAGCCUCAGGAGUUUAAGGCCAGCAAAACUCAAAUUUAUACUUGGGUCGCAUAGAUAAAUGAGUUUGCAAUUAUUUAUUAAUUUUUUCUUUUUUUUUGUCAGUUCUCACAAUAACGUUGCAAUAAAUGUUCCGUAGCAGAAGUUAUACUGUCAAGCUGACUUUGAUGCCUUGCACCUUUGUAGCAGCCUUUUUUUUCCCCAUUACAGCUCACUGGGAUCAUUUCUUUCUACAAUACAAUCUGCAAUACCUGAAACAGUCACUUAAACCCCAAGAUUGGAUGCCCAAUAAUAUUGGGUUAUGGAAGUAUAUAGGAAUGAUCUGAUGUUCCAGUACAGUGGAUCUGAUUUAUUAUUUUUUUUAAUUAUGUAAUUCAGAUCUCGUUUCUGAAAAAGUGGGAAUAGGGCUAUGAAAUACAGAAACUGUCUGUCUCUCACUGUCUCGGUACAAACCUCCUUGAACAGAGGCAGCUAACUGCAUUAUUGUUUGAAUGCAUUUUAAGAGGAUAAAGCUAAACAAAUAUUUCAUUAUUUAUGCACUGGAUUUCUCUUAUCAUUAUUUUCCUCAUUUAUCUACAGCAGGUAAUUAGAUUAGUGAAAACAUUAACUAGAAAAAAAAAAUCAUUGCCUAGAUUAGGACCAAAGUAUCUUUUAAAAGUAGUUUGUCAUUGUGAAUAAUUGCCAUUUCCGGACAGAUUCGUAGUUUUAUCUCAUAAUACUCAUGCUUCCUCAUAACGGUUUCGCCCUCAUAAAUUUCCACUGCCUUUGAACAACUGUUCAUUUCAAAAUUGUUCUAGUAAACAAACAGAAGUAACAAUUUUCACUUCAUAAUAAAAUAAAUGAUCUUCAAGAGUAUUUUGCAGUAGUUUUUUCCAAGGAAAGAUGUGAUUUAGUAUUAUAUAGUUUGUCUUGUAAUGCCUUGAACAUCUUUGUGUGAUUAUACAGAUAUGCAUGCAGACAAUAUAAGACUUUUUUUUUAUCUUUAAUAAAGUGGAAGAGAUCUACAAAUGCAUAGUCAAUGUUCACACAACAGCACAAAUACUGUUGUCAAUCCUAUUUUGAGUGCUAAAUAAGGUUUUGUUCAUGUGCAGAUGUCCUUAUAAAAGAACGACAACCGCAUUCUGCAACAAUAGUGACUGACUUAGAUUUUCUGGAGUCAAAGCCAAAUUUUGAGGGUUCAGUUAAUGUGCUAUAGGACUGAAAUGGCAGUGAAGUAGUCAAUCGCAUCAUUGAAAUGGGUAAGCAUGAGGUGUGCGCUUUGGGCUGUUGACCUCUCUCAGGUUAUGUAAAAUGGUGGUAUCGUGUGGUGAACGAGAGAGUGAGACAAAACUCUUAAGUAUUUAGGAAAUAGGCUUACACGGGGGGGAAACCGUACAGAAGAGUUUUUGACCACGUGAACAGUUCCGAACAAAUUUUUUAAGAAGUCCUAAAAGUCUCGUCGUCUAUUGGCUAUCAUCAUCUGUUCCUGUCGCUACAGGCGUUAUUUGCUCUAAAUGACUUUGGUGACCUGUGGAGACAUUGUAGGCGCAAGAAUAACAUCUGCUGGUAAAUACGGUUGUUAAUCCCAAACACUGAUGUACACACACACACAUCAUUUUUAAAUGAUAUAAAACUAUAGCGAACAAUUUCGGCGUUUUGCGGCUGUGAAUAACAGUUUAACCCAUUUGUGUCGGUUAUGUUUGACCAAAGAUUAGCGACCAAAGACGCAUUGUGUCGUGCAAUUUUACUUAAACCAACAUCGACAGAGGCACUUGGUUUAUUACGCUUGUGAAGCUGCUGCUUUUAAACAGUACGCUCUUUGCAGUGUUGCCUUUUUCUGCUUAUUAUAUACUCAUUUGUGCUAUUGUGCUUCCCAGUAAGGUCACUAAAAAUAUGAAAAAUUAGCCAGUGUUUUUUUUUUGUUUUGUUUGUUUUUUUAAUGUGAUAGUCAUCAAAAAGCAUUUCAGUUCACUUCUUUUUGGCCUUACUUUAAUGUUAUUGUCACUGCCUGAAUUUUUUUUAAGUUAAGUCGGUUGUAGAGUGGACUAAGACUUCUUUCCAGACGAAGUCAAAGGCGGGAAACUUCCCGCUUCCAACCUCAAUGCCUUCAGGUCAAUCACACUGUCACAUGUCAUGUAGCCAUGCACCACAAGAUGGCGCCAUGUCUCAGCGUGAGCAUUUCGUGUUCCCGCGUUUAUUAUGAACAAAAACAAAUUCAGAAACACUACUGUUAGCUUUGAGAAAAGCACCGCCAUUUUCAACUAUUUUGUUGUUGCUGUUGUUGUUGUUAUUAUUUAUUAAUAGUGGUUGAAUACUAAUGUCCACUUUAAACGCCGUUCCAGUCCAUUUUGUUCCCAAAUAGGUGGUGGGAAAGAGUUUGGAUCUAUCCGAAUGCAAAUAAACGCUCAAUAGAGGAGUAACAACCGUAUUUUAGCUCCAGCACGUAAGUGGUCAUAAUGUUAAGGCCGCCAUUAGCCUGAAUUGCUUAAGCACUUAGUUCAUACAAAAAUUAUCUGCUAAAAAAAAAGUAGCAGGGAUGCAUGUUGUUUGGACUUGGUAUCUCACAUACCCCAAAAUACAGAUAAUGAUACUGGCUAGCAUGUGCAGAAAUGUUCAUAUGUAUAAAAAAAAAAAAAAAAAAAAAGAUUUUGAUAAACCUGGCCCAGAAACAGCUGCUGUUGAAUAUUGUCGUUUUUCUGUGUAACCACGAGAGGGCAGAAGUGUCUCAGAAAUCUGUCUUUGCAAAGAGUCUCCAAACAUCUUACCUCUGUUUUCUAUUCAAGCAUUUCAGCUAUUUUGAUAAACUCAGUCUAUGAAUAUGUCAGACUUCAUGAAGGUUUUCCUCUUCUUCUUCUUUUCUCCCUCUCUCUCUUUCUCUCUCUCUCUAUCCUUCUCCCUCUCUCUCUCUCUUUUUUUUUUUUUUCCCUGGAUGAAUGUGUACAUUUUUGGGGGAAACAUGAAAGCUGGUCGAAUGCAAAAUGCUCUUCAGCAGCAGGCAAGUUUUUGACAAAUCCUAAUCUCUGAAAGUAUAAAACACUGUUUUAAUCACAACUAUUUAUGGAUGUACAACGAUUAGUAAUAUUGUUCAUUCUGUUUGUUUGAGAAGGUCUCCCCCCAUUAUAGUCCAGCCUACAUUUGUCUUUGACAGGCAUUUUUCUGAUUUUGUGUAUUAAGUUGUUUCAGCUGUAGGUCUAAUUUAUACUUUUUUAACAACACUAUUUUUCUAAACAUGACUGAUAGAGUUUUUUCUCUCCUUAUCAACUGUCAGUAGUACACUGCGCUGUUCUAAGAAUCUAUCUACUCCUGUAGUAUGUGCUGUGUGAAUAAAAUAUCCUCAAACAAGCAACACAAAGUCUUUAUAUUGCAUUGUUCUUGUUAGUUACUAAUGACUAACUUAAUGAUGAGUUUGUAUAUAUAUAUAUAUAUAUAUAUAUAUAUAUAUAUAUAUAUAUAUAUAUAUGAAAGCAAGUGCACUUUAAAGAGGUCAUGAAAUGAAAAAUCUAAAUGUCUUUAUUUGCACAUGUAAGACUUUAUUGUACCAUAUUGCUAGUUUCAUACUUUGAAGCAAACUCAAGUUUAAAAUGAGUUUUUGUUUCAGGAAUGCCCCUGUUGUGAGGUCCCCAACAAAAACAUUUGAAUUGUGACGAUAUGACGCUAAAAUUGUCGUUUGGAAAUACAUUAUACAAAUGGUUAUUGUCAAGUAAUGUAUUUGAUUUUAUAGCCGAUUAAAAGUAAAGAUUUUUUUUUUUUAAAUAAUCAUCAGAUCGUGGUUGUAUCUCUUUAUUAGUGUGAUUGGAUCUUAGUAACGCAUUCGACACUAUCGACCACGGUAUUCUCUUGAAUAGACUAGAAAACUAUUGUGGCGUUAGUGGAAGUGACUUAGCGCGGUUCAAAUUGUACUUAUCUGACCGGCAUCGGCUCGUAGCAGUAAAUGAGGAGAUAUCAUGGUGAUCACAAGUGAAAUAUGAAGUACCUCAAGGCUCCGUACUAGGGCUGUUACUUUUCACGUUUUACGUGUAACCUCUGGGAGAUAUAAUCAGGAGACAUGGUGUUAGCUAUCGCUGUUAUGCUUAUGAUGCUCGGCUCUAUAUUUCUUUGUGACUGGAGAAACACACCAAAUUGAGAUGAAAUGCAUAGUCAGUAUAGAAAAAAAAAUGGAUUACGAGUAAAUUAUUGGACCUAAAAGCUCCACAUGUAGUAACCUAGAACACUGUCUAACACUCGAGGGCUGUUCUGUUAAUUCCUCUGAAUCAGUUCGGAGCCUAGGCGUGCUGUUUGAUAGGAAUCUUUCCUUUGAAACAUCUGUAAAACUCUGUUUUUCCAUCUCAGAAGCAUCUAAAUUGCGACCCAUGCUCUCAACGUCAAAUGCAGAAAUGUUUAUUCAUGCGUUUAUGACCUCGAGGACUGUUUUAAUGCUUUGUUGGGUGGCUGUUCUUCACGCUUGAUAAACAGACUUUAGCUGGUCCAAAAUGGAGCGAACUAGAAUUAGGAAAUAUGGCCGUAUUAGCCCAGUGCUGUCAACUCUGCGCUGGCUCCCUAUCAAACAUCAGAUAGGUUUUCAAAUCUUGUUAAUUACUCAUAAAGCACUAUAAUACCUAGAAUAUCAAAAUACACCCCAACUCUGAAACAAUCUGCAUAGCUCUGUUUGGGAUGCACACUCUUGUCAGUUUAAAUCUAGAUUAAAGACCCAUCUCUCUAACGUGGCUUACAAAUAACACACUAAUGCGCUUCUAUUAUUUAAAUCAAGGAUUGUUAGGCUGCAUUACUUAGAUCAGCCGGAACGGAACACUCCCCGUUGCAUUUGUUGACUGAGCCUGUUUUUUUUUUUUCUCUAUUCUAUUCUGUUUUGGUUCCUUGCUGCUGUCUCCUCUGGCUUGCUCAGUUGGGGACACUUAAUUUCACCGCAGUGUUCUUCUGGCUAGACUUCUGCCUUGCUGCAUUUCCGAAUUUUAGUAAAGCUUCGUGAUUUUGGGUUUGGUGCUACGGGUUCGAGGCUAUUAGCCCCGCCCAGCCCUUUUAAAGCACUGGCCCGGCAGUGGAAAAGUGACCUAAAGCCACUCUAUCUCUCUCUCCUCUCCACCUGUAGCUUGUGUGUGGUAAACGCACUGGCGCCGUUUUCCUGUGGCUGCCGUUGCAUCAUCCAAAUAGAUGCUAAACACUGGUGGUGGUUGAGGAGAGACCGCCCACAUGAUUGUAAAGCACUUUGGUGUAAGGCAAUGCACAAUAAAGAGCUAUAUAAAUGCCUCAGUCAUUCACUCAUCUCUCUGCACUGGCUAAUGUUUGUGGCUUGCAUCAAGUUCAAAACAUUAAUACUUGCAUAGAACAGCCAAAAGGCUCAGUACCUGAGUACGAAACUACAUUGCCUCCAUAGGUCUGAUAUCUACUAGCGAGGGACGCCACAGAGGUGCUUUUCAUUCACUGUUCGUAGCUGGUAAAAUGAUCUUUGGUUCUUUUUAAAUAAGCAGUAUUACAAAUACUAACAACAAAAUGUCCAAGAAGAAUUAAAUUUUUGUAUUGCAAGCGAUGCAUGCUGAAGGCGUGUCCCGACCAGAUACAGACUUUUACAAAUUUUAAGUUGGUCAAGAAACACAGUGACAGGACUGUGCAAGUUACGGGACUGGCAAGAAAACGAACGCAGCUGGCCAACAAGACCCACGUUUGUCUGGCUUUUCCGUUAACCGUUGAUGAAAGCACAGAUACGUUGCAGUUAUCAAUUUUUAAUAAGGGGCGUGAAGCCAGAUAGAGCUCUUGGAUGUAGCUGCCAUGCAUGGGACAACAACGGGGAAGGACGUUUUCAAUGCAAAGUAAAAUUAAAUUACCCUUGGAAAAGUUAAUGGCCCUAACUACCGAUUGUGCAACUUAAAUGUGUGGAGAAAAAACGGGCUUGGUUGGACUAAUGAAGGACAAAAUGAAAAAAAGUAACAGGCACCUCUAAUAACGUAUCACUGCCGCAUCAAGAAGCUCUGUGUAAGGUUCUGAAAAUGGAUGAUAUAAUGACCACAGUCAUGAAAAUGGUGAACUUCAUGGCUUUAAGCAUGGAGACGUGCCAUACCAUACAGAAGUAAGGUGGCUGAGCAGAAGUGUAGCCUCCUAAAAUUUUUUGAGCUUAGGAAGGACAUUGUUGCUUUCAUACAAAGUAGGGUAAAACACUUGCCAGAGCUGUGAGAUCCAAACUGGCUGUGCGACUUUAUUAUGUUGUGUGACAUAACUGAGCAUCUCGCCCAACUGAAUCAGGCUACAGGGAUGCAAACGAAUCAUCACGCAGAUGUCGGACAUGAUUGUAGCUUUCCAGAGUAAAUUUCACCUUUGGAAGUCCCAACUGGAACAGGACAAUCUUACCCACUGUCCUCCUCCGCUUCUCCGACUGCUGCCCCUAGCACAGCUCCGGCUCCAUGCUGCUCGUGUUCUGUCCAUGUUUGGGAGCACCUAUCUCAGAUGUUUUCAAUUAUGAAUCAAAACAAGAUCAGGCACAGAUCACGCAUCACCGAUGCUCCAAGAAGCUCCAUGCUGUUUUAUGGAUUGUUACAGCACAAGAACUUAAGCCAGACAUGGACGCACUGACCAUGGAAAACCGGUGUCAGACAUCCAGCCAGAAAAUAUAAUAAGUAUAUAUAUAUAUAUAUAUAUAUAUAUAUAUAUAUAUAUAUAUACACACACACACACACACAGAAUAAGAUCAGUUUAUUAGAUGAUUGCAUUUUGUUUUGUGUUUUCAGAGCAUAAUAAAUGGAUGAGAAUAGUGUCUCCGGGUGAGAAAGGAUUCUCUUGGUGUGUUCAAGGAAAGCAGCGUCACCUCAUCAACUCAAAACUCGGUUGUGAAUUAAGACAACCUGUAUUAUUAUGUUAAUUAAUUUAGUUAAUUACACACACUAUUAUGUGUAGCAAUGUAUUUUCAACCGCUGUAUGUUAACAAAGGAGAAUGUUUAUUGUGAUCAAACCGUCAUUUUUUAACGAUGCCUUCUGCAAGGCGGUUUACAGCAUUCGUUUUUUUAAAAGCCAUUAUUUGUGGUAUAGCUAUGCCCCUCUCAAAUGUGACAAAAGUUUUAACAAAGUUAAUAUACUGAUUCUAUUUAUCUUUAUUUAUUUUAUUAUUAUUAUUAUUAUUAUAUGAUUGGAGUAAUGUGAAUUUCUCAACCUGGCAAAUAAAAAUAAUUUGUUAAAAUAACAUGUAUUUUUUUUACAUCUAUGCAAAUGCAUUCACAAUACUUUGCCCUUUUUAUCAAAUAAAAAGACUUUUUUAUUUGA